AAGCUCAGCCCAUGGAUCUUUCAAAAUACCUCGAGUCGGCUCAGCUCACGCGCCUCAGUGUUUGGCGCCAAAGCUGCCCAUGGGCCUCCGCCCUGAAAAGUGUCUCUGUCGCCAUUAAUUUAUAAAACCUGAACGGAAUUGAAGAAAAGCAGUUGCUUCAACACACUUGGCCGAACAACUGCAAAAAUGGCAGGUCAGAAAUUAAUACUCAGCAGUUACAAUAAAUAUAUCAGCUAAGCUAAAAGCUAACUUGGCUAAAGUGAGCGCUUAUGCUACUUGUGGCUACUAGUAAAACGUUAAUUGUUGAAUCAAAUGUUAACAGUGUCAUUUCUAAACAGGGUUAAACAUUGCACAUGUUCUUAUAUCUAGCGCAAAAGGUUAGUGACUACAGCUAUUACUGCUUAAUUAGCAAAUUGACUUACUACAUAACGUUAGAUGUUAAAUGUUAAAUAUUAGAUGCAGAUAGGCAUUUGCUGUAUUUGACCAGGAAUUGGAAGUGCUGAGCCUCCAGUUGAGCAACUGUUGGCGAAACUGAAGAGGCUUCAACAAGGUAAUGUUUAUUUCAACAUUUAAAGGGGGUUUUCAUGAAGAGGGGAGGGCCAGACGUCCUGGUAAAUUGAAACAGAUUAGAUUAAGUUGUAUUUAUUGUUAUACAUUUUAUAAUCUUCUACAAUCUGAGACAUUAAUCAAGGUUCUAAGCGUGGGACACUAGUACUGAGUUAAAUGCAUCAGUUUCUCUGUCUAUGGCUUGGACCGGAUCUGUCAGGUCUUCCACUUUAUUUGUUUAUAUUUUAUGUUGGAAAAACAGUUGUAGGCGUCAGCAAACACCAUUCAGACAAAACAUUUAAUGUAUAGUCGUUCUUAUGUUGUACAGCAUAUAGUAUGUUGUGUUGAAGUUAUUUAUUACAUAUGACAUAGUACACUGAACAGUAACAUCUUGACGAACAGUGGCUCUCUGUAACUUCCGCUUUUGCUCAGAACUAGCCUAUGGGAGCGAGAGGAGCUAGCGCGUUUCAUUUUUAGUUCAAGAAAAGCAAGAAGUAAAGUUAAACAGAGCUACUUUUAAUGUGGCGAGUAACAGAUCAAGUCUGCAUAUUGUACUUUUCGUGGUAUUUACCAAAUUCGAAAUAGAUAGAUGUUUUUUUUGGCUAAAUACUCAGCCAAUGAGAGACGCAUAUGCAAAUACACAAGGCUCGUUGCUCGGCUGUCUGUUAAUUAAUGGCAUUAUUAAUUAAUCAUCUGUACAACAUUAAAUAUACUGCAGUGAUACUUGAGAUGUUCUGUUUUGUACUUCAUGUGAAAACAUUAGUGUUAAACUAAACAACCGAACCCUGAUUUAGACUCGUGUGUGUAUAAUUGAAAGUAGGUGCAAUGGCGGAAGUUGAGCAUCGUCAGUGAGGUAUAUCCUUACCUGUUACUCCUCCGGGAGUAUCAGAUCAUGAUGAAUGGAGAGUUAUGAGAGAUGAUUAUAAUCUCUCUCUUAUGGAGAAAAGCAACACUCCAUAGGAGCCAUUCUGAUUUAAGUUUGUUAAUGUUACUUAUUUCUUAUAUGCCAGAACUGUUAUCCAAUACAAAUGAUUUGUGUUGUUAAGAAAACUGGAAAGUUGGCCGGUGUGUGAUUGCUUAAUUGAGAUAAUUCAGUUUAAUGGUUCGAGUUGUACAAUUUGUUGAGGUAUUUAGUGCACAAAAAAGUAAAAAUUGUUUGUACAUGUAGAAUCUGACUGGGAUCAACAUGAAUGUCGCUUCUACUUAGGACAUGUACAUGAUCAAUACAUUGGUGAAUGUAAUUCCAAAGGGGUGGGUAAUAUGCCAAAUAAAGGCUCAAUAUUUUAAUUUUAUCAUGAUAUACUGUUUUAUUACAUUUUGAGUUAAAUAUAAAAGGUGAUCUACUUAUUCUGAGAGCUCAACACCUCACUGUUUGUAAAAGUGUAUAGCAGGCAGCAUUUAAUAGUUACACCACUAACACGUGAGUUUAAAGCACUUUCUCUGUUCCUCGUUAUACAUUUAAUGAUUCAGAAUGGCUCAAACAGAGUGCUGCUGCUCUGGUUUAGAGUGAGCUAAUGAUCAUACAUCAUAUUAUGCUAUUCAUCACGAUCUAAUACGUCUGAAUUGUAGUAACAGGUAAGGAUGAGUUUUAUUGAUGUAACACAAAGCCAUGGUCAAAGCUGGAAUGGUCGGUACAAGUGUUAAUCAGAUUCAUGGUGGAAACAUGGGGGGAUGCCAAAGAUGUUUAUAAGAGCGCCUUAGGAGAGGAAAUCCAAGAGAUCCAAGCUAUCAAAGAAUCUCUGCAGAAGGAAUUUGAAACAGUGCAAGCAGAGUCUCUUCAACUGGAGGUGAUUCAUAAAGAAAAAGAAGAACUGUGCCAGAAGCUGCAGUAUCUGUGUGAAGAGUCGGAGCAGGACUUUGCCAGACAAUUGAAGCAUAAUAAGUCAACUGAAGAUCUGUCAGAGCAAUACAAAUGUGAAAUUCAGGCUAUCAAGUUGAAGCAUCGGAAGCUACGAAUGAAAUUUGAAAACCAUCUGUACCAGUUGAUUGAGCAGAAAAAGAACCUGUAUUCUGUUUUUAUGCCAGACAGAAUUCCAGCUGAAAUUGAAAAUGCUGAGAAUACAAAAAGUCAACUGUCAAAUGCUGAAAAACUGAAGGCAACCCAGGUAAACUCACUGGAAGAAGAGAUAGAAAAAUGGAAGCAGGAGAAACAAGACCCUCAAUCUGUUGUAGUACAAGAAGAGUAGGGCUGUGAACCCAGUUUAUGAACAAAACCAAAGUUUUUAUUAGAAUAUUAGUUUGUUCAUGAAUUUGUAUUUGUUGUG